GAGGUCACUGGCCUUCCUUAGGCCGCCUGCCAACGGCCAUGUCACUGUCAAGCGUUUGCAGAAAUGCCAGCAAAGCCAUUAGUCUGGACCCUUUUCAUCAGUCAGCAGACUGGACAGCGUGAGCAGCACAGCGAUGUGCAGAGACAAAGGGCCUGGCCUUUUAAAACGAGCAGACUGCCUUACUUCUUCUUUAGUUCCUGCCACAUGUGUUACUGUUCACCUCAGCUGUGAUCAGUCUCCUCCCCUCUGCUGUGAGACUCCUUGAGCCGGCACAGGACUCCCAUAGAAAACCACCAUUCCCAUGGAUAAUUAUACAUUUCCAACGCUGCUGCUGAGGCCUGGAUGUGUAUGGAGACUUAUGGGCGCUCACAAGCUGGAUGGAGUCAAUCCCACUGCAGCCUGACGAGACCCCCGCCUGGAUGGGGGAUGUAACCUAUUUCCACACCAGCCAUGCCCCUCCACAAGCACAUCGUCAAAGAGGCCUGGACACGCGACAGGUUUCAGGAAGAUGAAGAUUCUGAUUCGUCCCUGCAGCAGCAGCAGCAGGUUCAGAAGCCAAAAAAGAAAAGAGAAGAGGCCGACGUCACAACAGAUGCCAAGUCGAACGGAACCGAAGCCAAACCCAAAAAAACAAAGACCAAGAAAAAUGAGGAUGCUUCAGAAGAGGACAAUCCAGCCGUCCAAAAUGGAAAAAAGGUGAAGAAAAAGAAACCAGAAAAAGACAAGGACGACCCAGAAAAGGACAAAGUGAAAGAGAAAGAACUGAAAAAGAAAGUUAAAAGUGUACCAAAAAAGAAGAAAGGAUCAGGCACAGACGAUGAGGACGAUAAUGGCGGAGAGGACACCCCCAAGAGGAAAACCAAGAAGAAGACGACAAAGGACAGCUCUCCUACAGCAAGUUCCACCAAAGACAAGAAAGCUAAAUCUAAAGACGACAAAGAUUCCGAUGGAAAAGAAAAGAAGUCCAAGUCGAAGGAGAAGGAGAAGAAGAAAGAGCCAGCUUCACUGUUCCAGAUAAAUGGAGAGAAAGAAACAAAAAGCAAGAAGAAAGCUGCUAAAUCAGACAGCGACGACAGCGAAGAAGAGACAAAGUCGACCAAAUCGAAGAAGAAAUCCAGUUCGGGGUCUACGUCCCUGUUUCAAACAUCAGGAGACAAAGACAAGGACAAAGACAAGGACAAAACCAAGAAGACGAAGAAGAAAGGCAAGUUUAGAAGUAACGUAUUAUUCUGCUCCUCUGUUUGAGUCAAUGACAAGUAAACAACACGUCUGUUGUGUGUUUCAGCCAAGGCAGAUGCGAGUGAGGAUUCUGACUCUGAAAAAGAAGAAAAAUCCAAGAAGAAAAAGGGCAAAGGGAAGAAGAAAAAGGAGAGAGCUCCGUCGCCUGAGAUCGAGUUUGACAACCUGGAGAGCUUCGUGAUGGAGCCGGCUCCACAGGGGGUGACCAUCAAAUGCCGAGUGACUCGAGACCAGAGAGGGAUGGACAAGAGCCUCUACCCGCUGUACUACUUUCAUCUAGACAAUGAAAAAAAGACGUUCCUGUUGGCCGGCAGGAAAAGAAAGAAAUGUGCAACUUCUAAUUACCUCAUUUCCAUCGACACCACAGAUUUAUCGAGAGGUGGAGAGAACUUUGUUGGGAAGCUGAGGUCCAAUUUAAUGGGGACUAAGUUCACAGUGUUCGACAACGCUCUGAAUCCAGAGAGAGCUCUUCCAGACAUGUCCAACGCACGGCAGGAGUUAGCAGGAAUCAUCUAUGAAACAAAUGUUUUAGGUAUGAAAGGACCCAGAAGGAUGUCCAUCAUCAUUCCAGGGAUGAACAAGGACAAUGAGCGAGUACCGCUCCGACCGAGAAAUGAAUUUGACGGCCUGUUGAUAAGACACCAGAAUAGACGGAUGGAAAAUCUGAUCGAGCUUCACAACAAGACGCCAGUGUGGAACGAUGAAACGUCGUCUCACGUGCUCAACUUCAAUGGCCGCGUCACCCAGGCCUCCAUCAAGAACUUCCAGAUCGUCCACAGCAAGGACUUGGACUACAUUGUGAUGCAGUUUGGACGGAUAGCCGAUGACAUUUUCACACUGGACUUCAGCUACCCGCUGUGCGCGGUGCAGGCCUUUGCCAUCGCGCUCUCCAGCUUCGAUGGCAAACUUGCCUGUGAAUAACUCCCAGUAUCUCACACACACAAACACACACACACACACACAUACUGAAACCACUGUGCAACACGCACGCCCAAGCUGACACCCGGCCAAGCCCAGGUCUGUGGACGUUGCCUUCAACACUUCCCGUGAUGGGCACUGAUAACGAAGAAUGGUUCUUGAAUGUGGCUGCUGCCGGGCCGUCACGUUUUCUGGGCGUGUGAGUCCCAGCAGGAGCAAGACACAAAAAAAAGUUGCCCUCGUUCUAUCGUUCCAUCUUGACACUGGAGAGUCCUGUUUUUUUUUUGUCCCAGUAAUUCAACGAAUCACACAAAGGUUUUUACACUCUUUGAAAAGACUUCUGUGACCGGAGUGUAUUUUUUUUACGGGGUUACCAAUGCACCUUGAUGGCGAAGGUGUUUCAAAGAUUACUAACAUUGUUAAAAGAUGUUUGAAAAGUGUUGUGAUUUGGUUUUUUUUGUGCUGUUUUGAAUUGUACAGGGCUUUAUUUACAAUAUCAAGAGGACACACUCAUGGGUCAAAUGUGACUUUUGAAUACCUGUUAAAACUUUAAUCACAAUGAGAAUAUAGAAUUUCUUAAAGGCACAAAUCUCAUUAUGAUUGGAAUAAUUUUACUUACAGUGGUCGCACACAACAGACCGUCCCUAUCUUAGUGACUUAAUCAGUUCCAGGUAUCAGGUAUUGUUAGAGUAAAAAUGUAGAAGUUGAAUAGAUUGAAGAGGAGUGUCUAGUUCCGUUCAUGUAGAUUUUUAUAUUUGUAUUUUUCUGAACACUGCCUUUGUUGCAUUGUUGGGAUUAUUGUGUUAAUGUGAUUAAAUAAAGCAAGUGAAUUAAAUUUCCUUCAAAACACCAUCAGCAUUUAUUCCCUCCACCGAGGAGGUUACUUUUAUACCACUGUCCGAUUGUUUGUUUGUUUGUUUGUCAGUAGGAUUGCACAAAAACAACUGGAUGGAUGACAAGGGACAUUGGUGGCAGGGUGUGGUGCAGUUCAGUGAAAACUCUUUUACAUUUUUGUGAAGAUCUGAUCUGAUUACAUUUUAACCAAUUUCCCAGUAGAUAAUUUAUUGAUCUUGAACAUUUGGGGACUGAUAUAUCCACGAGUGUGUACAAUAUAUGUUGUAUAGCUGAAGGUCAUUGUAGUUUAUUUAAUCGGUGCAUUUGUUUGCAGAAUUAGAUUUAAACCUCAACAUGGAUGUCCAGUAAACAGAUUGGAGGCAUAAGGACUGGACCUGGAAAGAGAACCUUAUAUUUUUGAUAUCGAUAAAAGCUUGUUUCACUUUCUUUAAGUCUAGAGAGAUUUUCAGAGAUUUUUGAACCGGUCUUGGUUUUCCACAGUUGAGGACUAUA